AUGCGGGCUGAAAAUAUACAGAUGAUGAUUUUCCAAUAUUUACAAUCAAUCGAAAUCAAUUACCGGCCAUGGUCCGAGGAUAGAAGGCCUCCGCGACAAAUACACCAGAGUUUUUCAAUUCCCCAAAAAUCGUGACCCCGGAGAAAAUCUCGCGCCUUCGGAUGACGAGUGAUCGGUCCUAAUUUCUCAUAUUCCGAGAAGGUGUCUGUGAAAAAAAUCUAUGCACCUACAAAACGAUGGGGUAUCAGGUACCGAAUAAUAGAAGACAUCUUCAGAAUUUUCGUAUAUUUUUUCCGGCUCUUUCUGUAUGUACAACAUUUUAUCGUGCUAGCCGAUCACCGCGUACAUAGAAAAUGUCAGUCUUGUCGGAAAUAUAGCAAGAAAUCGUACAUGGUACGUUUUAUAUUGCGGUGUACUUACGAUUAGUUCGACAAAAGCGUGGCAUAUGUAUAAUGCAAUAAAAUCGUUAUGUAACAUAAAACUCCGAUCGCGUUUGGCGACUUCAACCGGUAUAGUUUUUGUUUCUACAUUAGCGUACACGGUCAGAAUGAAGUCUCUGUAGAAACUAAGCAGUUUAAAAAUAUCAUCGCUACCUAUACCUAUACUGCAGCGAGUACCGCGACACAUACAUACGACUGCAGCAUAGCAAAAUGCAAUGCAACGGAUUAAGAUUGUGGUGCGGUAUUGCACAAUGGUAUAAUAAUAACCUGCGUCUACCGGAAGUCGGAAGUUCGGAUCAGCAGGUACACGUUCUUCUGCACCGUACGACGAUAAUUUUAAUAAUCCAACCGCAUAUACGCGGAGGUAGAGAAAAGAAAAAAUAAAAAGGUUCUCGCAAAAUUGAAAAUGACUGCCAUCUACGAUACGAAUUCUUAUAGGAAUAAUUCAAGUUGGCUGCUCCAAACUUACUCAACGUGGUACCGGACCGGCAGCUGGUCCGAGCAGCGCACAAAAGAAACGUAAAAACAAGCAAAAAAAAAAAAAUGGAUUGGAACACAUAUAGGAGGGGUGAAAAGUGUGAAAAUAAAAGAAAUAGAAAAGCGCGGCUUUUUAGCUGCGAAAGCGUCGGCUUUGCUCCGCAGGCUCUCCUGUUCUUCCUUUUUGUUAUUCAUUGUUUUUCUUUCUUCUUUUUUGGUCUGCAGGUUUAUCAUCCGAUCCUCUUAUGGUUUCCUCUGCCCACUCUCGUCCUUUUCUCGGCAUAUCCUUUUUAUUUCUCUUUUUUUUCGUUGCUUCAGCGUCCCCCCCUUCCCCGAGGUCCUUGCGCGCAGCUUCUUUCCUUCACCUCUUUCUGCUUCUUCUUUUACUCCCCGUCCUCAUCCUCUUCCUCCUCCUUCUCCCUGUCUUGUGUUUCCACCAUCAUCGUCUUGGCGUUAACGGCGCGCAAUUCUAAGAACACGUCAAAGAUGGUAGCUGAUAGAACCCAACAAAAGAUCAUUGCUGGCAUCAUCCUCAUUCCCGAUUAAUUUGACUGAGGUACAAUGAAAAAAAUUUGCGCUUCGUAUUCUGACUUACUUCCAGAUUUACAGCCACUUCCCCCCUUCGUCCGCUUCAUUAACUAAUAUGCAUGGUGAUUUGAAAACUCCUAUUAUCUCAUUUAAAAUUUUACCACUACUCUCUUCAGAGCAGGUGGUUCCGAAAUCUUAAUCAAUUCCCCAGUCCGAAAUAAAAUCAAGAAACAGUUAGAAAAUUUUCAAUGUUAACGUUGAUUCAGUCGAUUCAGUCAAUGAUUUCGAGACCGAUUGCGCUUUUGAAUUUUUGAAUUUGUCGCGCUACGAUUGAAAAAAUUAUUCUAAAGCGUUUAAAAUCGCCAUCUGUGAAUCAUUUGGUACAACAACAUUUAUACAAUUACCGACCUCUGGCAAGGGCAGCGCUGAUCUUCAUCCCCCAUUAACAUUCCCCCAGGAAUUCUCUAGAAGUCCCUAUGUUCUCUAAGUUGCCGAGCCUAAGUGCAUUGUCAUCGAGAUUAUCUCUAUAUUCUACUCAGUGACUCUACUGUCCUGCUGUCGCCUCGUAGUAAAUUGAAAAAUACGGAGUGGAUUAGAAAUUGAUCAAAAUCCCGAGCUUUUUUGUGUACGGUUAUAAGGAUCAUUUGAUAGAAAACGCAUCAUGUCCAGCAGUGCUUUAUUCGGUAAUAAUGCCGCACGAGGAACGAGCAAAAAUCUCGUCGAAUUUAAGGCCGGUAAAAUGACUGUAAAAGGAAAAAUGGUACAUCCAGAUACUCGGAAAGGAUUGCUCUACGUUUUUCAGUCGGACGAUUCAUUGAUGCAUUUUUGCUGGAAGGACAGAACUUCCGGCGUCGUCGAAGACGACCUGAUUAUAUUCCCAGACGAUUGCGAAUUCAAACACGUACCUCAAUGUAAAACUGGUAGAGUGUAUCACCUCCGAUUCAAGUCCUCUAGCCGAAAGUUCCUCUUCUGGCUUCAGGAUUUGAAGACUGACAAAGAUGAAGAAUAUUCUCGCAAAAUCAACGAAGUAUUGAACAACCCUCCAACUCCUCCAACACCUCGCCUAGGUGGUGGGACCCCAGACGGAGACCUUCAGAAUCUUCUAAACAAUAUGUCGCAGCAGCAAUUAAUGCAACUUUUUGGUGGCGUUGGUCAAAUUGGAGGAUUGAGUAGUCUUUUAGGCACAAUGAGUCGAACUUCUACCGGACAAAGCACCAGGGCUUCAACAACUUCGGCUUCUACGCCAGUUACAACCAGCGCUGCUAGACCGCCAGCCUCACAAACACCAGCACCCGCUGCUGUCACGGACACCCCAAAACCAUCUGGUAAUCGUAGAGCCAUUGGAAGAAUGGCUACAGGAACACCUGCGACGGGAGCUACACCUAACAAUCCAAUCCAGCUCAGCGAUUUGCAAAGCUUUCUUUCCGGGAUACCAACACCAGCAGGAAGCGAGCCACCACCUGUGCAGCAGAGGGGCAUAGCGAGCGAACUGACGAGUGCGAUCCCUUUGGCGAUCGGCGCUUCAACCGAGACCCUGGAGAGUACGAUGAGCGAGUACUUGCCAGUCGGAGACAACCUGUGCACGACGCUAUCUUCCCCCCAGUUCUCCCAGGCGCUAUCAAUGUUCUGGUCUGCUUUGCAGUCGGGCCAGGCGGGCCCUGUCGUCCGUCAAUUCGGGCUUGGAAAUGAAGCGGUCAACGCGGCAGCUACAGGGAAUCUGGAAGAGUUUGUAACUGCUCUUGAAUCAGAAGCUAAAAGUGGAGGCGGAACCAGCGGUAGCGCUCAUCAACAACAAGGGCAAGAUGACACGAGCAAAAAACAACCCCCAACCCAGGGAGGAAGUGGUUCAUCCGGCAAGAAGGAUGACGACGACGAGGGAAUGGCGCUAGAUUAGAAUUCUCAUAUACCCGUUUCAUUUUUCCAUGUGUCAAUACAUACAUAUAUAUGAAUAUAUAAUAUGUAUAUAUGUGUGUAUACGUAUAUAGAGAGAGAGAGAAACGAUAAUAUCUUCAUACUAAUUAUCUCAUCUGAGAGAAAGCUUUCUCAUUUAUAUACUAAAGAAAAAGAAAAUACUGAAUCAAGAGUCUACGGAAAUUUUAUAUUGUUUAUACUAGACAACAGAGUAGGCAACUUCUAUAACCGAAUUCAUGAUGAUGAUGAUGAUAAUAAACGAGAUCACCUUAUUCAAACUUCAAACUUUCGAGGGUUUUCACUAAUGAUAGACAAUUCUUCCGUUUGAUUCGUUCUGAAUAGAUUUCCUCUACUAAACGUGUUUUUUUUUUUUUCACUUUUGAUAAGUGAUAACGCGACUUUUAUCAAUCGAUGCAAUUAAAUUUGAAAGAUAAAAUUAUUAUUGCAUAUACAUUAAUUAUUACUAUUAUUGUUAUUAUCUAUCGCUAUUAUUAGCCAAAUUGUUAGCCAGGAUAACGAUAAAGGAAAAGAAUCGAAAAUUGAAUAAACAAUAUAGAAAAUCAAUCCAAUUUGACAAUGUGGAAAAGAACGACCAUUGUGAACUGUUCGGCAACUUUCUGACAUUUAACAAAAUCGUCACACGAGCAAAAUUGCAACCGUUAGAAAUAUUUAUCUUAAAUUGGUGAAUUUACGGUUUAUUAUCUUUUUAUUUUGAGAAUUUGAAAUUUUUUCUCCUGGACUGGGUAUUAUAGAACCUUCUGAUUUUAUUGAAUUUAAUAUUUUAUCAAAUAAUCCUUGUUCAACCGAUGUAACAAUCUAUCUUAAUUGGCUAAGGGUGGCGGGAAAAUUCUGUAGUCCAAUCCGCGACUCUUCCUCACGGCGCACUAGCUCCUGGUAGGCCCUAGCGAUAAUCGAUAUAGCACAAUUCCGAAUCCAGUAAAGUAGCGUUUUCAAGUUCCCUUGCUUCCAACGUCAUAUUCACUGUAGACAAAUUCAACAAAUCCCACAAUUUUCUGAAACCAAAAUAAUUUUACAUUUCUGCGAAUGGAAAUGGUUCUUUUCUUUUUCUUUAUGACCGAAAAAUAAACGUGAAAAUUUGAAUUUAUCGCUAGGUAGUUAUAAUUAUUUGUUUUAUUUUAUAACCGUACAGAGCAGCGUACAAAAUAAUUUCAAGGCUUACGAUCACUGAGCAAAGCACUUCAAAAUCGUUGCAACUCUAAUUGGAGAGGGAGAUUAUGGAUUUAAAAAAAAGGUGUCAAGUGUUUACCUAGUUGAUUUGCGAAAACUUCGACCGGUCAGAAACUUAUUGCGUCCCAAUCAAGAAGGUACUUGAAUGACGUGCAUUUAUCGUCGUACAAUUGAACAGUUACAAAUCUCAACGGUAUAAAAGGAUCAAAACAUGACAAUAAAUAAAGAACGAAACUAGAAACCCAGAUAAAUUUUUUUGGCGGCAAUCGAAAAAUAAUUAUGCAGUAUUCAAAUACUAGUCAACAAAGAUCGUUUGGGAAAAGACAACGAUCGGUAUAUAAAACAUCAAAUCAAAUCUACUAAAAGCUGAAAUCAUUCAAGACCUAUUCGAAAAUGUUCUUUUUUUUUUUUUGUCUAGUAUGUCUAAAAAUUUGACAAAAUUUCGGGACACGGUUUCGGAACGUUUAACUUUUCGUGGUGAAGACGUCCCUGAUAAUGGCGUAGUUUUGAUCAUGCGCGUUUGUUAACGGAAUUGAACAAGUAUGAAGUGAGUGAGUCAAGUCCAGUAAUGGGGCUAAGACCCGAUCGCCGAGUGGUUGCGCGAAUCGUGUUGCAAAAAAUACUUGGAGAUAAUAUAUAAUUUCGUCACGUUUCAUCUUGAUUUUUGUGUUAAUCUGACCGUGAAUGUAACAGUAAAACGAAAGAAUCGAAAAACAUUGCUCAUAUCUUCAAAUUUCUCGACAAUGAAGAGUUCACCGAACAUAACAAUGUCGUUAAAAAAAGGCUAACCGCUUAAAACUAACGACAGAUUUUGCAAAAAGACCGAUUAUAAAAAAAAUACUACAAUAAAGAAAAGAAGCAGAAAUAUAAAAUUGAUGAUCAUAAUGUAAUAAUAAUAUGGGGAUUGAACGAUACUGCGUCAAAUAAGGUGUUAUUCUGCACAGUGGCAAUUAUUGCAGCUUUAUGAAAAACUAAAAGUUAUUUAUCAUACAAUAAGUGCAGUUGUAGCAGUGUUGUUGAUGUUUUUUUACGUUUUUAGUCGGUUCUUUUUUCAGUAUUUUAUUUGCCUCUUAUUUAUUCUUAUUACUAGUCUAUGCACGUUAGGUUGUAGUAUUUGAAAUAUCGGCAUUGUUAUGACAGCAAUGUGAGUGUGGUUAGUAAAAUGGCAACCUUGACACUCGACGUCGUUGGGUUAUAUUCACGAUUUUGGCGCUCCUUUAUUGUCGAAUAAUAUGAAUUGCAUAAAA